ACCCCCCUGCCCAGAAGCACUGGGGGAGAGCUAGGUGCAGAGCUUCAGGCAGAGGCACCGCUGAGAGGGCCUCGCCCCACCUCGCCACCAGCUGCACCCCACUCCUGUACCACCCUGCUGAGAAGGACUGGGAGCCAAGGCCAGCAAAGCCCAGGCUCAGUCAUGAGAACACAAAUUGAAGUGAUCCCUUGCAAAAUCUGUGGGGACAAGUCAUCUGGGAUCCACUACGGGGUUAUCACCUGCGAAGGGUGCAAGGGUUUCUUCCGCCGGAGCCAGCACUGUAACGUGGCCUACUCCUGUACCCGUCAGCAGAACUGCCCCAUCGACCGCACUAGCCGAAACCGGUGCCAGCAUUGCCGCCUGCAGAAAUGCCUGGCGCUGGGCAUGUCCCGAGAUGCUGUCAAAUUCGGCCGCAUGUCCAAGAAGCAGAGGGACAGCCUGCAUGCAGAAGUGCAGAAACAACUGCAGCAGCAGCAGCAGCAGGAACAAGCAGCCAAGACCCCUCCAGCAGGGGGCCAAGGCGCAGACACACCCACCUACACCUUGGGGCUCCCAGAUGGGCAGCUGCCCCUGGGCUCCUCUCCUGACCUGCCCGAGGCCUCUGCCUGUCCCCCUGGCCUCCUCAGAGCCUCGGGCUCUGGGCCCUCAUAUUCCAAUAACUUGGCCAAGGUGGGACUGAACGGGGCCUCAUACCACCUUGAAUACAGCCCUGAGCGGGGCAAGGCUGAGGGCAGAGAGAGCUUCUAUGGCCCAGGCAGCCAGCUGAGCCCUGACAGACGUGGACUUCACUUUGAGGAAUCCAGGCAUCCUGGGCUUGGGGAGCCAAGACAGGGCCCAGAUGGCUACUGCAGCCCCAGUUUCUGCAGCACACCAGAGGCGCCUUAUGCCUCCCUGACGGAGAUAGAGCACCUGGUGCAGAACGUCUGUAAGUCCUACCGAGAAACGUGUCAGCUGCGGCUGGAAGACCUGCUGCAGCAGCGCUCCAACAUCUUCUCCCGGGAGGAGGUGACUAGCUACCAGAGGAAGUCAAUGUGGGAGAUGUGGGAACGCUGUGCCCACCGCCUCACCGAGGCCAUUCAGUAUGUGGUGGAGUUUGCGAAGAGGCUCUCAGGCUUUAUGGAGCUGUGCCAGAAUGACCAGAUCGUGCUACUCAAAGCAGGAGCAAUGGAAGUGGUGCUGGUUAGGAUGUGCCGGGCCUACAACGCUGACAACCACACAGUCUUUUUCGAAGGCAAAUACGGUGGCACGGAGCUGUUCCGAGCCCUGGGCUGCAGCGAGCUUAUCAACUCCAUCUUUGAUUUCUCCCGCUCCCUAAGUGCCUUGCGCUUGUCCGAGGACGAGAUUGCCCUCUACACAGCCCUUGUUCUCAUCAAUGCCAACCGGCCAGGGCUCCAAGAGAAAAGGAAAGUAGAACAGCUGCAGUACAAUCUGGAGCUGGCCUUUCAUCACCAUCUCUGCAAGACUCAUCGCCAAGGCAUCCCGGCAAAGCUGCCAUCCAAGGGGAAGCUUCGGAGCCUGUGUAGCCAGCACGUGGAAAAGCUGCAGAUCUUCCAGCACCUCCACCCCAUCGUGGUCCAAGCCGCUUUCCCCCCACUCUACAAGGAACUCUUCAGCACUGAAAUCGAGUCCCCCGAGGGGCUGUCCAAGUGAUGUGGAGGAGGGACUCCUCUCCCUACAGCCUGCUGGCCCACCUCCCUGGACCCUGUCCCACCCUCAGCCUCUACCUUUCCCAUGAACCGGGGAGGGUGAUCCCCACCUGUUCUUUGGGAGAGAGAAAAUGCUGAGACUGGUUUUCUGCCCACAGGCUUGCCUGACAGUGGGACAAUAGCCAGAGGCUGGGGAUGACACCAUCUCCAGCCUCGGCUUUGUUCCUCUCAUUUCCCCCUUCACCCCCAGCUUCUGGAAGGCAUGGGGGGAUGGGAUGUAAGGAACUCCAGGGGGACCAAGUUGUCCUCAAGGAAACAGGGGAACCCAGGACACCCUGGAUGAACAAAACUCAACUCUGGGCUCAGAAGCUAAGAAUAGGCCUUUGAAAUACCUCAUUGCAUUUCCCCACGGGCUUUGGCGGGGGGGAGAUGGCUCAAGCUCAGAGACUGGCGGCUAGACCCCAGAGGACCUGUACAUAACAUGAAUCCGGAUCUUUAGACUUUCUGCCUUCCCCCUUUCUCCCAGCUCAGCAAGGAAGUAGCUGGGCACCCUGCCCUUUUCCUGGGGUCUAAAAACAAACUGGAUGGGAUAGGGGUGAAGGGCCAGAGAUAAUUGUUUUAUGGGAUUUGGGCAUGGGAAUAGGGUACAAUGAAGGCCAAGAGCAUCCCAGACAGAUAUAGAGUUAGAACUCAAACCUCUUAUGUGCACUUUAAAAAUAGACUUUAGGAGUUAGCAAAAUCUGAUGAGAGACACACACAUCUGCAUACAGGUGAAACACAUGUAAACUCAACCUGCAAUUACGCAGUUCUAUAGACACAUUUAAUCCGACACAAUUGCUGUCAUCCUUGGGGGUCACAGCUCAGAGGAGCCUAGUGGCCUCAGGGAAGAGUCCCAAUCCUGAGGGACCCCAGAACAUUUCCAUGGUGCUUCAGUCCCCCAGUCUUAGACUUGCGGUGGUCCCAAUUCUAUCCCAGCUGCAGCUGUCUUCUACCACAAAAAGCCCCAAGAGAAGCAGGGAUGGCUGGACACUGGUCAGCAGAAAGCCAAGGACAGAUCCUGGGAGGACUUUCUUGGCCUGCUUUCCAGACCUGGCCUUGUGGUAGAGAAGGGAAGCAGAUGCAAGUGCACCGCCCAGUGACUGGGGAAGAGGUGGCCAGGGAACAGGGCGGCUGUGAUCUUGCCCCAGAACUUCUUGGCUUUAUCAGCAGCUGUGAACCCUCCUCUGAGGGAUAAAUGAUGAUGAUGAGGGAGGGAGGGAGGGUUUUUUUCCUCUCAGGGCAGGGGUUUAGCUGAGUAAACAUAAACCCCAAGUUGUGCCAUUCUUUAUUUUAUAAAAUGAUUUUAAAGGCAA